AUGCAAUCAAAACUUAUGAAAUUCAUCGCAUUAAUUUUUGUUGGUCUUGUCUUAUUUACAAUGACAGCUUCUGUUCAAGGAGAACGUAUUCGUUGUGAGUGUUCUGGAAACGUCGAACACACUGGUCGUUGUUGUAGUGCAAGCAACGGUGUUAUGGAACAUGGUCGAUAGCUUAGUUGUAUACGUAAUAAGUCAUAUCAAUGCACUCGAGAUUGUCGUGGUUCUACGGGUGGAUAUUUUAUUAAUCGUAGAUGUUACAAUACAUUCGGUUUAUCAUUCAUACAAUGUUGUCGAUAUGCUGGAUUACGUGAAGCUUAUGUCGCUUAA